AUGGCUUCUUGUCCCGUCUACCUCCUUGUGUCCGGCCGCACUAGCAAAUCACGCGGGCACUUUUCCAUCUUCAUCCCAAAUGCUUCAGAGGUCAACAAAGUGCCCUCAAAAGCGCAGCCUUGCAUUGGAACCAAGAUCCACGUUGUUGGAAACCCGUUUUCGGGAUUCUACCACGAGUUCAAGCGCAAUGACAACCCCUGCGGCUCCCAGUCGCUGAACACUGUUGUUUUGCUGGGAUCAAUCCCGUCCGCUCUUCACGUGGAGUUGAACGGACAAAAGAUGUCUACCGACAACAUCGCUCUGGGAGCCCUAGAUGCCGCUGCUCUCCAGGUGCCUGCGCCUGGCCCAAGCGACGCUAGAGCCCCCGUUGACGGUGUGCUCAACAGACGGUGCCAGGAGUGGACGAUGGAGUAUGUGCAGCACCUGGUCCGCUUGGGCUACCUGGAUAGCAGCGCUGUUCAGCUUGUCCAGGACCAGCGGGACCCUCCUACUCAUGGGAUCAUGCUUCGUCGCGAAGAGAAUUCCAGUGGCGAUGGGUCCGCGCCCGGGUCCUGA